AUGGCGACGUGUUGUAUGUAGUCUAAUUUAGAAGCUAAAUGGCGAGUAAACUGUCUAUCCGCAAGGCACAGGUACACGUGCAGGACACGUGUGUGUGGUGUGAUAGCGUACGGGACGUGAACUGGUACUGUAAUGACUGUCAGGAGGCUUUGUGUGAUCGCUGUAAGGAGGGUCAUAAAUGAGGAAAGAAGACAAGGAAUGACAACGUUGUUCCGAUAAAGCAGGCUAACAAAACCGGCCCGGCGGUACUACCAGAGGUAUGUAAGGUACACCCCGGAAAAACAUGCGAUCUGUUCUGUACAGAGUGUAACGUCGCCAUCUGUUCAAUGUGUUUUACAACGAAGCAUAAACAGCACGCAUUCAAACAUUUUGAAGAUGAAGUGGACUCUCAGAAAGAUUACAUACUUGAAGUCCAAGUUAGAUCGGUUCAAUGAGAAGAUAUCCAAUCGUCAGAAAGACAGCAUAGCAUUCAAAGAAAGUAUCGAUAUUAUCUGCAAAGAUGUCAAAGAGCGAGGAACAAAGUUGAAGGCAGAAAUAGAUUCUAUAGUAGACCAUGUCUUAGCUGAAUUAUCUUUACUUAUUGCCGAAGAAAAUCAAACCCUCGAACAGGACUGUCAGCGUGAUAAAAUAAAUAUCAAGGAAAUAAAGCAUCUGAUCAACGAAAUAGAGGAGCAGUCGGAAAAACCGUCCGGCGAAGCCUUGUUUGAGCUGACGGAAAGACUGAGGACCACUCUACCGCGUUAUGACGUUACUUUGAAGUGCAUACAACCACGUCCACCAAGAUUUAUACACGGCCAAAUCAAUACAGAACAGCUAAAGGUUAUGGUCGGACAUGUUCAGGCGGGGUAUGAUACGGAUUCAGUGGCCAAGCAUGAGAAGGAAAUUAACAUUCAUCAUGUCCGAAAACUUACUACAUUCCAAGUCCUUCCAAAGGAAGAGAUGAUAUCCAUAUGUCUAAUAGACGAUACGCAUGCAUGGAUAUCAGUGUUUGGGUCUUUGGUCUUGUCCAAAGUUAAUAAUAAGGGACUUGUCAGAAAGUCCGUGAAGCUUGAUUUUGCACCUCGGAGUUUGGUUUUGACAAGCUCUGGGGUAUUGAUGACGCGAAAUGAUGAUUUACCAUUGAUACACAAAUUGUCUGGUGACAGACGAGUGACGACAUUUGCUGACGUUACUCCAUUUACAGCCUGGAAUAUCAGUGUUAGUGACACAGACGAGGUGUUCGUUAGUACUACAACUACAACAUUCUAGUUCUGAACAUGUCCGGGCACAAGGUCAGAGAACUUUCAUAUGGACAGGGCUGGGGAGGCAUCAUAUGUUUGACUGGAGGGAAUGUCGCUGUUACCGCUGGUUAUAGUGUUAACUGUGAAAAAUUGAAUAUCAUCGACAAAUCAGGUCAGAUCAUACACACGUGGAGUGGAGAACUGGACAAUGGUCAGAAACUAUCCCAGACGAGACAGAAUAGUAGAGCAUGUGAUAAAUAUGACAGAGUAUUCGUACCAGACUUUGAUACUAACCAGGUAUACGUCAUCUCGAGGAAUGAGAAAAAGGCCAAAUGUAUCAUGGAUGAGAAACAUAGAGUGAGAGAACCGACGGUCGUGGGUGUAGACAGGUGUGGCCAUGUUUGGAUCGGCUGUGGUGAUGGCACGGUACAUGUUAUGCAACUCUAAUUAACCAGGAGAUACAGCUGUAGAUAAACUCUUGAUGGUGGGAUACUUCAAUUCAUAUUCCUUACCAUGACAGUUUAACUCUUUUUGAACUAUUUGGAUCGGCUGUGAGGGUAGUACGGUACAUGUGAUACAGUUGGAGUGUAGAUAUAUGUGGACAUGUUUGGAUCUGCUGUGAGGAUGUCACAGUACAUGUUGAUGGUUAAUUACAUGUGGUACAGUUGUGAGUGUAGACAGGUGUGGACAUUUGAAUCGGCUGUGAGGAAGGCACAGUUCAUGUUUAACAUAUGUUUCUCUCAUCCCUACCGGUAUCAUACUGGUCUGUCCAGGUAAAUACACCCAUGCUUGCUGUGUGUGUAUUACCUCGCUUCCGGUGUAGGAUAGCCACGCGCG